AGAGGGCAGCCCUUUCCCAUGAAAUAAGUGACUAAAUCAAAACAUUGUUCUGUAUGUUCUUUAGUUUUUCAAAUGCAUUUUCUGUUAUUUCUGCGGGGCUACCUGGAGGUUUUGGCAUUGUGCUCGUAUAUACGACGUUCCCAAACACUUCUAUAUCAGGAGUGAACUGGAUAGCCUACAUAAUUAUGAAAACGUUGCUUUAGUCCAUAGGACUCCAGUCACGUUCAAUCUUGAGCAAACUCUGCCCUCGUGGUUUCGCUGAGGAAUUACAGCGGAGUAUAUUUUCACUGGUACAUGUGAAGCAGAUGGAUAGGAGCUACUCAUCUUUAUGUAUAUUCACCUGGGGAAAUGUAGCCCGUAGUCUGUAAUCUCUCAAAAGAUCAACCAGUUGUUGUUUUUUUUUUUAGCAAAAAACCCUUGACAUUUUAAUAGAUGGGUUAGCUGGACAUGUCACGAAAACAAUGUGCAUGAUUCUAUGGGGGCAGAAGUCAGCGUCUUGUGGUUCUGGAUGACCAGAUUGCUCGCCAGAAUGAGAAGUGCCAUGUAGGGAAUCAUUGUCACAGCUUCACCAUGGCUCGCGGCUGCCUCUGCUGCGUCAAAUACAUGUUGUUCCUCUUCAACCUGCUCUUCUGGUUGGGGGGCUGUGGUUUGUUGGGUGUGGGGGUGUGGUUGUCUGUGUCUCAGGGCAGCUUUGCCACCCUAUCACCAUCCUUCCCCUCCAUCUCUGCUGCCAACCUCAUCAUCACCCUGGGUGCUGUCAUCAUGGUUACAGGCUUCCUGGGUUGCCUGGGUGCCAUCAAGGAGAACAAGUGUCUGCUGCUGAGUUUUUUCAUCACGUUGUUGGUUAUUCUGUUGGCGGAGCUGAUCCUUCUCAUCCUGUUCUUCGUAUACACAGACAAUGUGAGUGAUAACGCCAGACAGGACCUGCAAGAGGGACUUGCUCUGUACAGCACCAACAACAACGCUGGCCUCCGCAACGCCUGGAACACCAUACAGACAGAGUGGCAUUGUUGUGGGGUGAAUGGGUACACAGACUGGCACACUGCCCUGCAAGAGAAGGUGGUUCCUGACCACUGCUGUCAGGAUAUCUACCAGGACUGUGGGCGCAAUGCCACCAACCAGUUCUGGACACGGGGUUGCUAUGAGAAGGUGGAGGAGUGGCUGGAUGACAAUAAACACCUGCUGGGAACCAUCGCCAUGUGUGUUCUGGUCAUACAGCUCCUGGGUAUGGCCUUCUCCAUGACUUUGUACCAGCAGAUCCACCGAUCCGGGAAGAAGUACGAAGCUUAGAACACACACAGUUUGAGGCCCAUUACUUUUAUAGAAAAUUAUACUCUAAAAAGGCACAAACUUGCACACACACAUGCCACAAAACAACUUUUAUUUUAGUGUUUAUAUUUACACAAACCAUGUAUCAUUUUGUGCACAAAGGCAAUUUUAAUGUUUUUUGAGGAUCAUCUUUAUCAUUAUAAUGUUCUUGGCUGGGAUUGAAUCGCAGUUGGAUUGAAUCCCAGCCCUAGUUCAGUUAUGGCGGGACUAAGGGUGGGUGAGGAAGGGGGGUUGGACUGUGUGUAUGUGGGUGCAGGGUUAUCCCUCGGUCAUCCAGAAUAGAAUGAAUGGCUUCAACACAAAAAAGAGUAGAGGGACAGAGGUUUGGUUUCAUGCCUUAGAAAUCCUUUAACUGAUUAGUUAUAUUGUAUGGAUGCAUUAUUGUAAAAUCAGUUACUGAGAUGUGUUCAAUAAAAGUUAAGCUUAUUCUGUCAAA